CUGUGGCCGCGGAGGCCGCCCCGCCCGCUGCUUCCCCCCGUGGCUGAGAGAGAGCGGGCUGUUGGUGGCCCGGGAAGGGGCUGUGUGGGCUGUGGCCGGCAGGAAGGCAGGCAGAGGGGCGCCAGGAGGAGAGAGGCCGCCUUCCCUGGGAGCAUCCCUGUCUGGGCCACUGUGGGCUAGGCAAGCCCUUCCCCUCCCUGGCUCCCUUGGGAGACUGGGGCUCCCCCCCCCCGAGGGCCCUGGGGCUCAGGGGCGCUCUCCUCCCCUCUUCCUCCCCCAGAAGUGCCUCUCUCCCCGCCCUCUCUCCCUCCCCCUCGGCCCCAGUUUCCAGGUUCCCCCGGGGCUUCUUUUAACAUUUCUUCCCAUUCAUCCUUUUACAAAUUUAGGACUUUUUUUGGGGGGGGGGUCUUUCCCCUCUUUCUCCCCAUAAAUCUCAGCUUCCAUGCUUCCCUUUUAACGCUCCCUCCCAUUCAACCUUUACAAUUUUAGGACUGUUUUGGUCUUUCUUCCCUCUCUCCCCUUUAACCCCAAUCCCUAUUUCCCUGAGGUUUCUUUUAACGCUUCCUCCCAGUCACCCUUUUAAGACAAAUAGGACUUUUGGGGGGCCUUUUCCAUCAUCCUUCCCUCUCUCUCUCUCUCUCUCCUUCAACCCCAAUUUCCAUGCUUCCCUGAGGUUUCUCUUAACACUCCUCCUUCCUCCCAGUCACCCUUUAAUUCUUCUUCUUUAAACCCCCAUCUGGGCGACCCUACAUUUGCGAGCAACAUUGGGGAUAACAAUUGGUUUAUAACAACCCCACCAGCUUUCCCAUUGUGGUUUUAACCUUGGUGUGAAGUUGUGCCUCCCUCCCUGCCGGCCUGCCAGCCACUUGUGGGUGGAGGUGGCUGGGGAGCCUUGGCCAUGCAGAGUGCGGAGUCUGCCACAGCAGUAGCAACAGCUACAACAGCAGCGACAACGACAACGACAGCCACAAAAGUGUCAGAGAGCGAAGGCAAGCUGGAGGUCUUGCUCCCAGCCCAGAACUGUGCCAGCAAAAGCAGCAGCAGCAGCAGCACCAGCACCAGCAGCAGCAGCAUCCUUGGGGUCAGCAGCAACAGAGGAGGAAGCAGUACCAAAAGCUGGCAGUACAGUGAUCACAUGGAAAAUAUUUCUGGCUACUUAAUGAAAUAUACAAAUCUAGUCACAGGAUGGCAAUACAGGUAUUUCGUCUUAAACAAUGAAGCUGGCCUCUUGGAAUAUUUUGUAAAUGAGCAGUCCAGAAAUCAAAAGCCCAGAGGUACCUUACAGCUGGCAGGAGCUGUGAUCUCCCCUAGUGAUGAGGAUUCCCAUACUUUCACAGUGAAUGCUGCCAGUGGAGAACAGUAUAAACUAAGAGCUACUGAUGCCAAAGAACGGCAGCACUGGGUCAGCAGGCUUCAAAUAUGUACACAGCAUCAUACUGAAGCAAUUGGAAAGAACAAUCCUCCUCUGAAAUCUCGCAGCUUCUCCCUUGCAUCUCAAGGAAGUGGCUCUCCUGGGGUGCAGAGAAGGCCCAGCCAAAAUGCAGCUUCUUUUUUUAAUGUUGGCCAUCACCGGUUACCAACUGGGAAGAGAAUUCCCAUUCUCCAGCCAGACCACUUAAUUGAUGUACGAGAGAAGAUGUAUCAAGCUGAGGGACAGCAGAGAGACCUGGUAAGAAGCAUAGAAUGUCUUCCUGCUUCUGGCCAUCUUUCUUCCUUGGACCAAGAUUUGUUGAUGCUCAAGGCAACUUCCAUGGCAACCAUGAAUUGUUUAAAUGAUUGCUUCCACAUUCUCCAGCUACAGCAUGCAUCACAACAGAAAGGAUCCUUGCCUACUGGAACAAGUAUCAGUUGGUUGGAACCCAAGAUCUCCCUGCCAAACCACUUCAGAAAUGGAACAGAUCAAAAUUUUUCAGCUGAUCAAAACAAGCCAUCAUCGGUCAGAGAGGAACAGUCGAUUUCAGAUUCCAGUCAGCUAACUGGGGAACCAGAGGAAAUAAACCCAGAUGAAGAGGUAGAAGAUACAUGUGAUAAUAAAGAAGAUGACCUUGGAGCUGUGGAAGAGCAACGUAGUGUUAUCUUACAUCUUCUGUCUCAACUCAAACUUGGCAUGGACUUAACAAGAGUGGUUCUUCCCACUUUUAUUUUAGAGAAACGCUCUUUGUUGGAAAUGUAUGCCGACUUCAUGUCUCAUCCAGAUCUCUUCAUUGCUAUUUCAAAUGGCACUAACCCUGAAGAGAGGAUGAUUCGCUUUGUUGAGUAUUACCUCACUUCCUUUCAUGAAGGUCGCAAAGGGGCUAUUGCAAAAAAGCCAUACAAUCCAAUCAUUGGUGAAACAUUUCAUUGCUCGUGGAAGAUGGCGAAGAGCCGCGUACCAUCUGACACAAGUAGUACCUCUUCAUCCCAUUCCCUUUCUGAACAAGGGACUGUCUCAGAUGAGUCACAGGACCAAACAGACUGUUACACUGUCAGAUUUGUAGCAGAACAAGUAUCUCAUCAUCCUCCAGUCUCAGGGUUUUAUGCUGAAUGUGUGGAGAGGAAAAUGUGUGUUAACGCUCACGUCUGGACAAAAAGUAAAUUCUUAGGCAUGUCGAUAGGAGUGACAAUGGUUGGGGAAGGUAUUUUAAGUCUCCUGGAACAUGGAGAGGAAUACACAUUUUCUCUGCCUUGUGCGUAUGCUCGGUCAAUUUUAACUGUCCCUUGGGUAGAACUGGGAGGAAAAGUCAGUGUUAAUUGUGCGAAAACAGGAUAUUCAGCAAGUAUUACUUUUCACACAAAGCCAUUUUAUGGUGGCAAGCUUCAUCGAGUUACUGGUGAGGUGAAGCAGAAUGCUACCAACACUGUGGUUUGUAGAGUGCAAGGUGAAUGGAAUAGUAUCCUUGAAUUCACCUACAACAAUGGAGAGACAAAAUGCAUGGACUUGACAAAAUUGUCUGUGACAAGGAAACGAGUGCGACCCAUUGAGAAACAAGGGCCGUUUGAAUCCAGGAAAUUAUGGCAACAUGUGACAGAAUCCCUGAGGGAUGGGGACAUUGAUAAGGCAACAGAGCAUAAGAAAGCCCUUGAGGAACGGCAGAGAAAUGAGGAACGGCUCCGAGCUGAGACAGGCACAACCUGGUGCACUAAGUACUUUGUUAAAGAUGGAGAUGGCUGGGUUUAUUAUAAUCCCCUUUGGAAAAGAAUGCCUGCCAUACAAAAUCAAGAAGUGGACACAAAUUAGGUGGCAUUCGAUCAACAUUAAUCUUUACUUUUGUCUAAUUCCUGCAACUUCCAAAAUGCUGUAUCUCAUUUAAGGAUCCUUUGGGAUUUUUAUAUAAUUGCACAAAACUAAGUAAGCAUAAAGGCAUAAAACUGCUAGGGCACUUUAAAGUUGCAGAAAAACGAAAGGUAAGAGAAAGUGAACCUUGCCAGAUACGUUCCCCCUUCCCUCCCCCACAAAAAAUAUUUUAUAGCAGUCAAGAACUGUAUAAUGUGUUCUUUCUAAGCACACCCUGCCGCAAAAGCUGCCUAAGGUGUUUUUAAAAAACAAAACAAAAAUGAAAACUCCUCCUAGCAGCAGUGGUGUUUGCAGCUGCUGUGCUUUUUUACCCAAGUGGAUUUACCUCUGGAGUAAUACCUGAACAGUGUUUCAGAAUGAGAAUCACUCAUUACUGAACUCCUCAGUGCCCAUGUAAAAGGGGGGAACCACCUUUUGCUGCUCUGAAUUACCCUCACUGGAAACAUUGAAGAGGAAGCUUUUGAUAACUUUGACCUUGGAAUCAGUGUUAUGAAAUGUCUGGAUCAGGACUUCAUGCUUUCUAAAAACUAUUCUUCAGAGGCAAUAUGUGCAUGGCUGUGGACAAUGCGGGAUUCAUAUAAGCCACAUUUUUUUAAAAAAAGAAUUCUAACAUGGAUUGAUCACUUUGGGGUUUUUCCUAUCUCUGAAAGGGUUAAUUGGAGAGGAAGACGAGUGUGAGACUCAAAUUCAGAGUAAUUUUUAACUACAGAUUUUCACCCCAGCCUCAUUUCCUUAAUGAAUUGUUCAUGAUUGCUUCAUGUUGUAAAUACUGCAAAGAUGCUCUUUUUCAAAAGACCAAGGCCUAGACCGGAAUGAUGCAAACUUUUUAAAAAGUUAUAUUAAUUUUCUUUAACUCUUUGCUCACCUUCUCCUUGAAUCAUCUCUGAGAUAGAGUCAGUGUUAUAGGCUGUCCAGGCAAGUAAUCCCAUUUGUCUUCACUGUAUAUUCAAAGUCAAACACCUGUGCGUGCCCAUUGAGUACAAAGACUGUCACUUUGAUUUUUCUAUAGAACCUGAAAAGGCUUGUUUUUUGCUAUGAGACUGCAUACAUAGCCAGAUGCAAUCUGAUAUGAGCAAGUCACAUUCAGGUAAAAAUGUUCUUUGUUUUUUAUGAUACCAAUGUUUUAUGGAAGUCUAAGAAUUGCUGGCAAUUAAGAAUAUUACUGAUUUCUGGUUUUCAUUCUUGUUAUUACUACAAGCUACCUUAAUUUUUCUAAGAGUGGUGCCUUACUCUGUUUCUUCUGAUGUAGUCUUCCAAUCACUGUAUAUAUCAUAAUCUGUCAAUUUCUGGUUCUUGUUAACAGUGAGAACCUCUUCCUACCAUCAUGAAAGCUUAUGAAUUCUGUGUGUGUGCUGGUCAAGUGUUUUGAUUUUUUCCCCCUUCCAUAUUAGGGGACGUAUCUGAAUGCAUCCUAGAGUGAUUAAAUAACCCUAACUCGUUUUACACAAAGGCUAAAAAGUGUGCAAAGAAAGAAGCUGGGGGUUUUAUGCACAAAUGUUGAAAUAUCCUUGUACCUUUUUUUUUCUUUUGCUGUGAAAUGCACUGAAAUCUUACUGCGAAUAGUGUAUAAUUCCAUGUGUGAGAAAUGGGAAAGGGAGGAAAUAAAGCUACCAAAUGGAA